GUGCUUAGAACCUGCGAAAAAUGGCAGAUGUGGAUAGUGAUUCUAGGCAUCUUAUCUCUGAGGUAGACAAUGAAGUAAAUCCUGGACCUAUGAAUAUCCAGUUUGAUUCAUCGGACCUGAGAUCUAAAAGUGGGACCAGAUGAACUCCGUGUCAAAUGCAAGCGACACUUGGCCAGUCAGAUGAAAGUGUUCAAAGGAGAGAGGCCUUUCUAUAUAGAGCCUACAAACAUCGUCAAUGUGAAUGAUGUCAUUCAGAGGGUUAGUGACCAUGCCUCUGCUAUGAACAAGCGGAUUCAUUACUACAGCCGGCUCACCACUCCUGCAGACAAAGCACUGAUUGCUCCAGACCACGUAGUCCCAGCUCCAGAGGAAUGCUAUGUGUACAGUCCAUUGGGCUCUGCCUAUAAACUCCAGAGUUACACUGAAGGCUAUGGUAAAAACACCAGCCUAGUAACGAUUUUUAUGAUCUGGAAUACCAUGAUGGGAACAUCUAUACUAAGUAUUCCUUGGGGUAUAAAACAGGCUGGAUUUACUACUGGAAUGUGUGUCAUCGUGCUGAUGGGCCUUCUAACACUUUAUUGCUGCUAUAGAGUGGUAAAAUCACGGAGCAUGAUAUGUACAUCGGACACAACUACUUGGGAAUAUCCAGAUGUCUGCAAACAUUAUUUUGGCUCCUUUGGGCAAUGGUCAAGUCUCCUUUUUUCCUUAGUGUCUCUCAUUGGAGCAAUGAUAGUUUAUUGGGUGCUUAUGUCUAAUUUUCUUUUUAAUACUGGAAAGUUUAUUUUCAAUUUCAUUCAUCACAUUAAUGACACCGACACUAUACUGAGAACCAAUGACAGCAACCCUGUGAUUUGCCCAAGCGCUGGGAGCAGUGGCCACCCUGACAACAGCUCCAUGGUUUUCUACAAUGACACACAAGUCCAGCAGUUUGAGAAGUGGUGGGAUAAGUCCAAAACAGUGCCGUUCUACCUCAUAGGGCUCCUCCUGCCACUGCUCAAUUUCAAGUCUCCUUCGUUUUUUUCCAAAUUUAAUAUCCUAGGCACAGUAUCCGUCCUCUAUUUGAUUGUCCUUGUUACCUUGAAGGCUAUUCGCUUAGGAUUCCAUCUGGAAUUUCACUGGUUUGUGCCAACAGAAUUUUUUGUACCAGAGAUAAGAUUUGAGUUUCCACAGCUGACCGGAGUGCUUACUCUUGCUUUCUUUAUCCACAAUUGUAUUAUCACACUCUUGAAAAACAACAAGAACCAAGAAAAUAAUGUGAGAGACCUGUGCAUUGCUUAUAUGCUGGUGACAUUGACUUAUCUCUAUAUUGGUUUCCUGGUUUUUGCCUCAUUUCCUUCACCUCCAUUAUCCAAAGAUUGUAUUGAGCAGAACUUCUUAGACAACUUCCCUAGCGGUGACACCCUGUCCUUCAUUGCAAGGAUAUUCCUGCUGUUCCAGAUGAUGACCGUCUACCCACUCUUAGGCUACUUGGCCCGUGUUCAGCUCUUGGGCCACAUCUUCGGUGACGUUUAUCCUAGCAUUUUCCAUGUGCUGAUUCUUAAUUUAAUUAUUGUGGGAGCUGGAGUGACCAUGGCCUGUUUCUACCCAAACAUAGGCGGGAUCAUAAGGUACUCGGGAGCAGCAUGCGGCCUGGCUUUCGUGUUCAUAUACCCUUCUCUCAUCUACAUAAUUUCCCUCCGCCAAGAAGAGCGGCUGACAUUGCCUAAAUUAGUCUUUCACGUUUUCAUCAUGAUUUUGGGCCUGGCGAACCUGUUUGCUCAGUUUUUCAUGUGAAAACUGUUUUCCCGCCAUUUCUCAUGGUAUUCUGAACCUUGGCAACGGUUCUGCAUAAAAGAACUUGAAAAUGCUGUCGUUGCUGUAAUUCUAAGUGUUUUCUCAGAUAACUGAAAGCAGGGGAGAUGAUGGUCUGCUGAUGACUGUUUUUGUACUGGAGCAGAGAGGGAUGAUGCGGAUGGUCUGAACCCUUUGCCUUUCUUUGGACCCCAUCCCAUGCAUCCAAGUAGAAAUAUAGAAGGAAUCACAGUGGUUUUUUUGUUGAUAAGUAUAAGGUAGGUGGAUGUGUUUUGCCUACAGCUAGGAAUCUCAGGGGUUGGGUCCAGGUGGCAUGUUGCCAGACCCUGUUUCUGUUGCAGGGUCCUCUCAUCCACUUUCUCACUUGCUGGACCAUUUCUUCAGUUUACCCAAACCGCUGCUGUUUCGAACAGUAAAACAAAUACCUCAUUUUAAAAGAAGUUUCCAUGGCAUCAUUAUUAGUUGAAUGAAUUCCUAACUAAAUACUUUAUCUGAAGAACAACAACAACAAAAUGUCAAUGGUAUCAGUCCAUCAGAAGACGCCUGUAAAGUAAGCCCAGUGGGUAGCUGGUGGGGACAAGAGGACCAGGGUUUGUGUCACCCUCAGUUUCAUGGCCAGUGUGAAACCAGCCUAACUAUGUAAAACCUUGUCUCAAAACACCAAGAGAAAAAAAAAAAGAGAAAACAUGUGUCAGAAACCUGUGCAGAGGUGGUUGCUGUCUGACUCGUAAUUCUAAUCCAGUUCCAGUGACCUAGAUUGAGAUUGCAGUUCCCAAGCCAGAUCUUACACAUGAACAAAAGCAGUUGUCCUCACAGACCCCAGGGACUCUUCUCGUGUCCCUGAGCAUUGCAUGGACUGUCAUGAAGCCUAAUGAAGAAAGCGUGAGCAGAGAGGGGCAGCAUGUGAGGCCCUUCAGAAGAACAAGGGAAUAGCUAGAAAGGGUGGGACUCCGCCCAGGAUAUCCUGAGUCAUUCUGGUUCAGGUGUGACCUCCAGGGGCCGACACCAUCUACCAUUCCUCUAGUGGGAAGGGAAGAAUGUUGUCUCCACAAGAAAAACUUCUGUCUGACAAGAAGAUUGAGAAAGAAACCCAGGUUCUAGAGUUAACACUCUUCCCAUUUCCCUUCUGACCUGAAAGCUGAACUAGAAUCCAGAUGUCUGUCUUCCAUGUAACACGGUCUGUGCUCCACCCAAAACUACUAACAUUUAGAGCGCUCUAAUUUGGGACUAAAUUGUUAAAAAUGUAUCAUAAUUCCGCUUCCCAGGAGUGUGCAGAUUGUGUCACGUCCGUCCUUUGGGGAAAGCAGGUGAAAUGGUUUCUGUAAGCCUAGUUAGGAGCUCUAGAUUUAAGGCCAGCUUUGAUUUCUUUCAGCAUGGCUUAUGUCCUGUUGGAGUUACAGGUCUAUGUUUAUAAGAAGCUGUCAUUCCCAACACUUUUUAAAGUCUCAUUAUGAGAACUGUCAGGCACAUACACAGGUAGAAUAAUAUGGAAAACUCCGUCCAUGCAUCCCCGGGUCUAGUAAUUAUAGACUUAGUUGAAUUUGCUUCACCUGCUCCUUCCCGCUUUUUUUCUUUUCUGCCAUAUUUAAAAACCAGUCUCAGACAUUAUGUCAUUUCAUUUCUGCAAACCUUAAUAUCCAGCUAAUAGCCCGAACUUUGAACCUAGUCCCAUUUAUCAUGGAGCCAGUCUCCAAAGUGCUGGUUAGCAGAAAGGGCUGCAGAAGCCAUGUUGAGGGGAAGAGCCUUUAUGCUUGAGACCCUCUGGACCAUCUGACUGCAGACUUCCUUUGUUCAGAGGCAUUUGCGUCAAAGCUGGGUGCUUUGAGAGAUGUUCCUACUUAAUCUGUAUAUGUUCUUGGUAGUUUCUUUUCUCUUUGAGAACUUUAGAAACAACCGUCAUUGCUUUUUCCACAAAGGCAUUCCUGAAUGCUUUAACACAUCAAAGAUGUGCUAUGCUUUAGCAAUCAAGGGUGAUGGGAUGUGUUUUUGCCUAUUUCAUAGAUAAAAGGAAUAUGGCAGGGGAUGCUACUCUCUGGACAAAAAAGAAUGUGGAUUUAUGCUUUUGUUUUCUUAAAGAGAUUUGAUCAUUUAGACCUCCUAAUGCCCUGUUAGAGGAGCCAGAUGGCUUUGUCUCCUCAGUCUCUUUCGGAGACUCCUUUGGCCUGUCACUUGAGUCAGACUCAUGAGUGCAGGUGUCCUGGCUCCUGUCGAGAAUGACACGAUAGGAACUCACACGCAGUUAAUCUGACUUGCUCUCUCUCCUCUCUUGAACUGUCUAAUUAAACUGCUUUCACUUUUUGCUCUGAUGUGGUCAGCCUUUGGAUUUAGCUUCUUUAACACACAGCUGAGGACACUAAGAUUUAGAAGGAAUUGUUUCGAAGGGUCUUCCUGAGAAAUCCUAUGGAUGUAUUUGGUCUAUGCAGGAAGGAGAAAAAAAUGGGGAUAAGAUUUAUACCUGUGGGUGAUGGUGCAGUCAUUGCCAUCAGCACACUCCAAAACUGUGUUUGGAAUGAGGAGUAAAUGCGCCUGCUGGAAGCUACUGUCGUAAAGGGAAAUGGUCCAUUUACAUCAAAUGUGUUUUCUAAGCCCUAUGCAGCUGUUGACUGUAGCAGUGGGCUUGUUUUCUGCUUCUACUUGAAACUCACCACGAAAAUGUUUGUGUGUUUUAAUUGUUGUUCCCAAAAUUAUUCUGUGUAAAUAAUUGAACAGUCAGUAAUAUUUAUGACUUUGGAGGAGCUAAAGCCAUGUCUUAAAGCAUGCAUCUUCAAGGGGCUUUUAGUCUAGGGAAGAAAGAGAGCUCACCAGCACGCGGGGAUAGUGGGACUGUUGGAGCAGCGUGACAUUCUGGGGAGGGACUGUCCAGAGGCAGGGGAUCCAUUUCCAGUUUCCUCCUACUCCCCAAAGUUAUGCUCACUGUGUUCACCAGCUAAUAGAAUGAUGUGUUCCAUGUAUUUGAUUUAUUAGGGCAAGUUUUCUCUAAAACUUAUUUUGUGACAUUUACUUGCUUCUUUUUGCAUUAUUUUUUUCUUCUUUAUUAUCAUUAAAGUAUUUAACUCCUAUGGCUCUUGGGCAGAAAGCAAAAUUAAUAUGAGAUGUAAUUAGUAAUACACUGGGUGCUACAGACAGAGUCUAUAAUCUUCAAAUGUUUAAUUUCUUUAAUAUGAAUAUUCAAAAUGUCAAAUGUUUACAUUCAUUGAUGUGAUAGUAUUCUGCUUUGUUUCUGUUACCGUGAUAAAAUACUAUGGCCUGAAGCAAGAGUCUGUUUGGCUUACAGUUCCAAAGAGGGAGUCCGUGUGGUCAGGACGGCAUGGGAGGAGUAACAGAGCAGGGCUGGCAAAUCACAUUUCCUCUGCACGUAGAGACCAAGAGUGCAAACACUGAGUGAGUGGGGAGAGGUGGAAACUCACAGCCCACCCCACCCCACCCAGUGACGCCCUUCCUCUAGCAGAACUCCAGUUCUAAGUUUCAGGACUUCCCCACACAGUGGGUCCCCAGACCAGCUGAAGACCCAGUGUCCAGACCCAUAAGCCCAUGGGGAGAUUUCUCACCGAGACCCCAGAGGUGAUAAUAGCAGAGAAUACGGUGCUGCGUGUUUUCCUUACCCAGUAUUAACAUCUUGCUUUUUAGAAGUCGGUGGUGAUUUGGGUUUUGUUUUUAACUUGACUUCAUACCAACUUGAAUGUCCAAAAACAAAUCCAAGUUCUAGCUGGUGCCUAACCGUGGUGUGUCACUAGACUGUGAUCCAAAGUGAAACGAACCCCCGAUGUCACACGCACUGACUGGGCUGACCUCGCUUUCACAGUGGCCGCCAGCCUCACUUAAGAUUGUAUAAACACGUAUUGUAAAACAGCUCUGAUAGGAACCUCAGAAUCCAAACAGUGUUCUCUGAUAUGAUUUGUCUUUUUAUAGAAAAAAGGAGAUUAAAUCAGAAUUAUUUUGGAAACAAG